CGUUGAUGUGAAUGUCAAAUAAAUGUUAUUGUUAACCUAAAACAAACACUUUAUACUAUACUUGUUUUAAUUUUACCAACCAAAGAAUUCGCUUUUUCAUUUACAAAAAUGUAUUGUUAAUUUACUUAAGAUCAUAUCUGGUCCACUGUAAUAAUGUAUUAGGGUCUAAUUCAUUUUAGUUGGGUUUGAAAGAGGAACUCUUAACUUAGGCAUACAAGCAAAGCAAAAUGUAUCUUACCAACUUUUUACUUACCACAAGGCCUAUGAUUAAUUAUCAGUUUUUGGUUAAACAAUCUUCAGUCCUUAUACAAAUUGCAGGGUUGAAAAAUUUCCGUCCUCCUCCAGAUUUUUCUCAUAUUGAAAUCCCAGAAAGACAGAGAUUAACUGUAGUACCCAAAGUACCCACCUUUCCACCAGGCUUAAGACCUCCAAAGAUGCAAAAAAACCUAAAAUUUAUGAAGGGACCAGAGGAAGUUCAUAAUAAACUUAUACACAAACAAUAUGGAAUAAUUGCACUGACAGGUGGUCGUUUGAAGCAUGGACACUUUGAAAUGAUUCGAAACACCCUGGGUCGAAAGAUUGAUACCAAGAGAAUGUUUUUGAUUUGGAGAGUUGAUCCACCUUGGCAACCAGUUACAAAAAAGGGUCAAGGUAUGAGGAUGGGUGGUGGAAAGGGACCUAUAGACCAUUACGUGACACCAGUUAAAGCCAGGAGAGUCAUUGUGGAGUUGGGCGGAAGAUGCGAGUUUGCAGAGGUACAAAAAUAUCUUCAUCAGGUGGCUCACAUUCUGCCAUUCAAAGCAAUGGCUGUUAGCCAUGAAAUGUUGGAGGAAAUGGAAGCUAAAGAGAAGUUAGAUGAAGCUAGGAACCUUAACGAGUACACAAUGGAAUAUAUCAUAAAAAACAAUCUUGGACAUGCAAAGUUAUGGUGCAGGAGAAACGACUAUAAGUAUUUUGGAAAGUUCAUCUAGUUUAGACUACAGUUUAUACUUCACUUGUAUUUGCAUUUUCUAUUAAAACUUUAAUUAUU